AUUAACAUGGCGAAGAAGACUGUUGAAGGAGAACACGGUACUCCGAAAACUAAUUUCACAAAGAAAGAAACGAGUAAAAAUCACGAUGAUUUCAAAAAAAUUAUUGGACAUAAAGUGGUUGAAGAGCAUUAUGUGGAAUAUGAAGUAGAACUGACCAGCGGAAAAACUAUUACAGCAACUGAGUUUGACUUUAAGGGUGAUGAUUCUCUUCUGUCAACCUACAAAAAGAAGGUAACCAAGCAAUCUGAUGAUAGCAGCGGAGAAUAUGCCGUGGAGCGUGUGUUGGCUCAUCGAAAGGUGAAAGGCAGCCCACUUUAUCUAGUUCAAUGGAAAGGAUACCCGCAUCCAGUGUGGAACUCGGAAAUGUGGGAGGAAGAUCUUGAUAACUGCAAGGAUUUGCUAGCUGCUUACAAGAAGCAUCAAGAGGAUCUCAAAAUCGCUCAAACUCCGAAGAAGACUCCAAGCAAGACACCAAAGAAAACUCCAAAAUCGUUGAAAAGAAGAGCUCUCACUCCAUCCGAUGACGAAGAAGAGGCGGGACCGAUUGCGCCUGAGCCUAAAAAGACACCAAAACAAUCUACAAAGAAGCUGAAGCGUACCACCUCCCCGGAAACAAACUUAGUUGAAAAGAGCAAGAAGAAAGCAAUUCCGGAUUUGGAAAACCAUACCUUAGAUCAAGAAAAGAACGAUGUCAUCGAACGUGUCGAAGAAAUUCAAGAGGAUGAGGAUGACGACGACGAGCAAAGAGAAGAAGUGGUGACAACCGCCCCAGUGGAGACAAAGUCAAGAUGGGGAUUCGGUUCAUGGAAAUGGUUUUAAAUAUAUAAUUGCAUACUUUCAGUUCACGUUCUCAUGCCCCAUAAUGCAUCCUAAAUUGAUUUUUUUGUUCUAAUUUAAACUAAAUUUUCUCUUGUUAUCCUGUAUAACUGAAUCUGUAAUCAAUCACUCUUUCAAACUAAAUAAAGGAUCUCCUGUAC